AUCUACGCACUCUCUUGGCCUCGAAAGCCGUCUUCCACUCUUCUGUAUCUUUCGAGCAGAUCAUCGAUGGCAUACGUUAAGGCUCAAAAAUCAAAGGCGUACUUCAAGAGAUAUCAAGUUAAGUUUAAGAGAAGAAGAGAGGGAAAAACCGAUUACCGAGCUAGGAUUCGCUUGAUCAAUCAGGACAAGAACAAGUACAACACUCCCAAAUAUCGCUUUGUUGUUCGAUUUACAAACAAAGAUAUUAUUGCACAAAUAUCAUCCGCUAGUAUUGCUGGUGAUAUUGUUCUUGCUGCUGCAUAUGCUCAUGAGUUGCCACGCUAUGGUCUUGAAGUAGGUCUUACAAACUAUGCUGCAGCUUAUUGCACUGGUCUUCUCUUGGCUCGUCGAGUCCUUAAAAUGCUUGAAAUGGAAGAGGAGUAUGAGGGCAACGUAGAGGCUUCAGGAGAGGACUUUUCUGUCGAACCUUCUGAUACCAGGAGGCCUUUCCGUGCUCUACUUGAUGUUGGUCUUAUUAAGACUACAACUGGCAAUCGUGUCUUUGGCGCCCUCAAGGGAGCAUUGGAUGGGGGAUUAGAUAUCCCUCACAGCGACAAAAGGUUUGCUGGUUUUAACAAGGAUAAGAAAGAGCUUGAUCCUGAGGUUCAUCGCAGAUAUAUCUUUGGUGGUCAUGUUGCUGCAUAUAUGAAGACUUUGAGGGAAGAUGAACCAGAGAAAUACGAGUCGCACUUUAGUGAAUAUGCCAAGCGAGGAUUAGAGGCCGAUGGACUUGAGGAGCUGUACAAAAAGGUUCAUGCUGCCAUUCGUGCUGACCCCACAGCAAAGAAGUCCGAGAAGGAGCAACCAAAGGAACAUAAGAGGUACAACCUGAAGAAACUUACGUACGAGGAGAGGAAGGCUAAGUUGAUCGCUCGUUUGCAAGCUCUCAACUCUGCAGUUGAUGCUGCUGAAGACGAUGAGGAUGACGAGUAAAGAUAAGGUCUUUGCAGAUGGAUCUCAAGUACUAUUUGAUUGGAAGUUGUUCUAUUUUGCGCCAAAGCAUGCUAAGAACUUGUGUAAUUUGGUUUUUUCAGAAUCAUAUUUCCAACAGUUUUGUUGCCUUUCUUUGUUCUUUCUCUAGGUCACUAAUCUCUUGUUUAGCUGGGAUUGGUAUGUUUACGAUUUGUUUUCAUGUUUAUGCUAGACGAUUCCUUUGCCAUACAUUUAGUGCCUUGUUGCUGCCCUGAAAUCUGAUUAAACUUCCAUAUCUAGUUGGAAGAAUUUACGUUGUUCUCAUAAACUUAUUAAAUGAUCUCUAUGCAAAAUAACAAGUCAUUGAU